AUGCCUCGCACCGUCCGCCUCGCCGCCGCCCAAAUGGGCACGACCAACAAAUGGUCCUCGCGCGAAGAAACCCUAACCCGGAUGAUAAACCUUCUCAAGGAUGCCGCCAACCAAGGAGCAAAACUGGUCCUAUUCCCUGAAAUCGCCUUCACCACAUUCUUCCCCCGAUACCUGAUCGUCGACGAAGCCGAGCUAGAAGAUUGGUUCGAGCACGGAGAUAUCCUGACCGCGCCGCGCACAAAGGCACUCUUCGACACAGCCCACACUCUAUCCGUGGACAUCAUCGUCGGCUUCGCGGAAGCUACCGACACAGGCGAGCACUUCAACAGCUGCGUGUACUACCACGCCACGACAGGGUCGAUUCUGUCCAGAUACCGCAAGGUCCAUCUCCCUGGUGACGUGGAGCCACUUCCUGAUCCGAAAGCCGUGAAUCAGCUCGAGAAGCGGUACUUCAAGCCGGGGAAUCUGGGAUUCCAGGCUUUCCGUGAAAAGGAUGUAGACCCCAUCCUCGGAAUGAUGAUCUGCAAUGACCGCCGCUGGGCAGAAUCCUGGCGCGAAUAUGGCCUGCAAGGUGUCGAAAUCGUCGCCUGUGGAUAUAAUACCAAUGGCUUUGCGCCGCAGUUCUGGGGCCAGUCGGCGGAUAUGACUCCCGAGGAAGCGGAGGAGUUGUCCCUGUUUCAUCAUAAACUAGUCAUGCAGUGCCAUAGCUACACGAAUGCGUGUUUCAGUGUUAGUGCUGCACGCUGUGGGCUUGACGAUGGGGAGUAUCCCCUCAUCGCGGGGUCGGGUAUUGUUGACCCCGAGGGGAGGAUUAUUGCUGAGGCGAAGACGAAGGGGGAUGAGGUUAUCAUUGCGGACUGUGAUUUGGGGCUUUGUCGCGCUGGGAAGACCCGUACGUUUGAUUUUGCGAGACAUCGCAGAAUUGAGCAUUAUGGGAGGAUUACGGGACAGACGGGGGUGGUGGAGCCACCGUCCACUACCAGCUCGGAUGUUAUCGUCCCAAAGACGGAGAAGAAAGGGAAGAUAAGGGUCCUCCUGAUUAACCCCAACUCCACACCCUCCAUGACAGAUACUUGCAUCUCUAUGGUGAAACCGACCCUCCCCCCAGACGUCGAAGUUGUCCCCUUCACUGCUCCCAUCCCUGCCCCGUCGGCAAUUGAGGGGUCCCUCGAUGCUGUUCUGUCCGCUGCCGCUGCCGUCAGGGCUAUUCUGCCUAUCGCAGAUCAGUACGAUGCAUUCCUGGUUGCGUGCUUUAGCGAUCACCCGCUCGUGUAUGCCCUGAGAGAAGAUCUAUCCGCCCCAGUUAUUGGGAUAAUGGAGGCCGGGUUGAUGGCUGCUAGGACAGUUGGAGGGAGGUUCGGGGUGGUGGUGACUUCACAGAGGUCAAAGGUUAUUCAUGCCGAUGCGGUGAGAAAGUUCGGAAUGGAUGGGGUAUGUGCUGGUGUGGAGGCAUGUGGGAUGGGGGUUUUGGAGCUGGAUAAGGGUAGUGCUGAUGGCGGGAAGGAUGUAAUUGGGGCGAUGUGUGGUGCGGCGAAGAGGUUGGUGGAUGGUGCUGGUGCGGAUGUUAUUGUCCUGGGGUGCGCAGGAAUGGUGAAGUUGAAGGGGGCGGUGGAGGAGGCUGUUGGAGGUAAUGGGGAUGUGCAGGUUGUGGAUGGGGUUGUGGCUGGGGUGCAGCAUCUUGUUGGGUUGGUGCGGAUGGGAGUGAAGACUGCGAAGAAGGGGGCGUACGCGAGUUCUAAGGCGGGGAGGUUGGCGAGGGGACAGGAAUAUCUCUGA